CCCAGGUGUGUGUGUCAUUGUUUCGUAAAUUAAAUUUCACCGGCGUAUUAAAUUUGGUACCAGGACCAAUGGGACACGGACUUCCAGAGACUAUAACGGUCUGGGUUUUUCCAAAAGCGAGAGGUAAAGGUGAAAGUUUUACGUUGAAUUUUCCGGAAAUUUUCCUCUACAUUCGCAAACAUUGGUAUGUUUCAUUUGAAGAUGAUUGGGAAUAG